GAAGAGCUGGCAGACUUGGGGGGGGGGGUGGAGAGAAGCGUCCAGGAAAGACUCAUCCAGGCGGGGAUAGCGAGCGGAAAAGACAGCGAAAGACGGUCUGACAACGUCGGCGAAAUCUUCCAGGUCCUUCUAAGCCGCUCGGAGCGCCUUCUGGACCGUCGUGCUCGUCAAAUUGGCGCGUAUUUGACAACCGUUUCAAGGCACGGUGACUCAGUGCAGCCUGCUUUGUGGAAGGCUGCCUGUGUGAUUACUCCGGUGGAAGAAUCAGUGGGAGAAAUACAGUACAGUACAGUGUGCAAUGCAGUACAGUGUACAAUACAGUACAGUGUACAAUACAGUGCAGUGUACAGGACAGUAGCUUUUGCUUAUAACUGUUUAAUAGAGAAAAAGAGCCCCCUGACAAAUGUUUUCGCCACAGCUGAACACUUUUACACGAGUGCACCUAUCAGGACACAAAUCUCCUCCUUGGAUUAUAACUUCAUUAUUGUAAUCCCGCCCGCUCCAUCAUCAUCAUGUACGGAAGCUCCCGUUCCGUUUCCAAGCUGGACGUUGUGGGAUCCAACGGCUCAGGAAGCCCGGGACGUUCCCCUCGGCUGCCCCGCUCCCCACAUUUGGGACACCGACGGAACGGCAGCAGCAGCUCCACCAGCGGCGGGCUCACUGUCUCAGGGAAAACCUUGUCCAUGGAGAAUAUCCAGUCGCUCAACGCCGCUUAUGCCACAGGGGGCCCGAUGUACUUCACAGACGGUGCAGAAGACCCAGUCGGACUCGGGAGCCUCGGCAGUGGCUUAAACCCAUCGUUGCCCAAAAGCACCAUGACGCUGGGCCGGGCUGGGGCAAGGGUGCCCUACGGGAUACGGUCUGCCUUUGUGGGGAGCAGCCCCAAUAUCAACACUGGAUUAGGUGGAGGGGCUGGGGGGAUCAUCGCCAGUGAUGCCAUAGCAUUUGGUGGGGAGGGGCAAGGCCAGACUCCACUGGCUGCCACUGUGCCACACUCCAUGAGACAGCAGGUGAGAGAGGGCGCCAUGACGGACCUGCAGACCCAGCUGAGAGAAGUCCUGAGAGAGAAUGAACUUCUUCGCAGAGACUUAGAUGCCAGGGAGUCCAAGCUGAGCUCGUCCAUGAACUCCAUCAAGACCUUCUGGAGUCCAGAACUGAAGAAAGAACGUGCGCUGAGGAAGGACGAAGCCACAAAGAUGGCCGUAUGGAAGGAGCAGUACAGAGUGGUGCAGGAGGAAACGCAGCAUCUCCAGUGCACCAUCCAAGCCCUCCAAGACGAGCUGCGCAUCCAGCGCGAUCUCAACCAGCUCUUCCAGCCCGACUUCUCCGAGUCGGGUCAUCUCGGGUCCCUGCAGGCCAUCUCCCCGCAGGAUAUGACGGAGGAGAACUUCCUGCGUCUCCACAGCGAAUACGAGCGCCAGGUGAAGGAGCUUUUCCUCCUGAGGAAGACGUUGGAAGAAAUGGAGCUGAGGAUCGACACCCAGAAGCACACGUUGAAUGCAAGGGAUGAGUCCAUCAAGAAGCUCCUGGAAAUGCUGCAGAGCAAAGGCCUGUCAUCGUGCACCACUGAGGAGGACCAUGAGCGGACGAGACGCCUGGCUGACGCCGAAAUGACCAUCCACCAGCUGGAGGGCCUGCUGGAGCAGAAGGACAAGGAGAUGCUGCAACUUAGAGAGGAGCUGCACAGGAGGUACGAAGCAGCUCCUGAGUCCACCAAGACCAAGGCCCUGCAGACGGUCAUUGAAAUGAAGGAUGCCAAGAUCAGCUCGCUGGAGCGCGCCAUGAGGGAGCUGGAGGACGAGGUGAACAUGCUCAAGUCCAACGGAGCGCUGAGCUGCGAGGAGCGAGAGGAGGAGAUCAAGCAGAUGGAGGUGUACAGGUCGCACUCCAAGUUUAUGAAGAACAAGGUUGAUCAGCUAAAGGAAGAGUUAGGUCACAGCCAAUCAGAGAAGGAGGCGCUCAAGGAACGGGCCACUGAGCUGCAGCGUGAGGUGUCCGCAAUGGAUCAAGCCAAGCAGGAUCUGAAUCGUAAGGACAGCGACCUUCUGGCUCUCAGGACCAAGUUGGACACUCUGAACAACCAGUUUUCUGACAGCAAACAACAUGUGGACGUCCUUAAGGAGUCUCUCACGGCCAAGGAGCAGAGGGCCGCCAUCUUGCAGACUGAGGUGGACGCUCUACGCAUUCGCCUGGAGGAAAAGGAGUCGCUUCUGUCCAAAAAGAGUAACCAGAUAUCCGAGAUAACGGAUGAGAAGAGCACCCAGCAUGGUGAGAUCAGCGACCUCAAAGACAUGCUGGACGUCAAGGAACGCAAAGUCAACGUGCUCCAGAAGAAGAUAGAGAACCUCCAGGAUCAGCUGAGGGACAAAGACAAGCAGCUGAGCGGCCUUAAGGACAGAAUCAAAUCUCUGCAGACGGACACGUCCAACACCGACACGGCCCUGGGAACCCUGGAGGAGGCUCUUUCCGAGAAGGAGCGCACCAUAGAACGACUGAAAGAGCAGCGGGAGAAGGAGGAAAGAGAGAAAGGCGAUGAGAUGGAGUCUACCAAAAAGGAGCUGAAGGAUCUGAGAACGAAAGUUUCCCAGAUGCAGGCUGACCUUGCAGAGCGUGAGGCUUGUGUUUUGGACCUAAAAGAGAAAGCAUCCUCCCUGGCCUCUUCGGCUCUGAAGAAGGACAGCCGUCUGAAGAGUCUGGAGAUCGGUCUGGAGAAAAAAAAGGAAGAGUGUGUCAAAUUGGAAAACCAGUUGAAAAAGGCUCAGAGUGCGGCCGUGGAGUCUGCGACCAGCACUGAACUCUCGGAACGAAUCUCUCGCCUGGAGCAGGAAGUGAGCCGUCACAAAGAAGAUGCUGGGAAGGCUCAGUCCGAGGUGGAGCGCCUCCUCGACAUCCUCAGGGAGAUGGAGAACGAGAAGAACGACAAGGAGAAAAAGAUCCAUGAGCUGGAGAGAAAGCCCUCUGCUUCUCAUCUGUGGCAUUCUCAGCCGUUGCGAAAGCAGGCCCCUCCCCUGUCUGCCUCUCAGCAGCCAAUGGGGGGCCUGGUGUGGGACUACCUUGGCACUCUUGCCUCCAGGCAGAUGAAGGAUCAGUCCAAGAAGGUGGCCAACCUGAAGCACAACGAGCAAGUGGAGAAGACCAAGAAUGUCCAGCUGAUGGAGGAGGCCAAGAAGAGGGAGGACAAUCUGAAUGAGAGCUCCCAGCAGAUAAAAGAUUCUCUGCGCAAUAAGGAGGAGCGCAUUGAGGAGCUGGAAGAGGCUCUGAGAGAAAGCGUUCAGAUCACUACAGAGCGAGAGGUGGUGCUCGCUCAGGAGGAGCACGCCCGCACACAUGCUGAGAAACAGCUGUCACACAUUGAGCUCAACGCGGCCGGCUUUAGGUGGUCAAAGGUGGAAGACCUGCUGGUUGCCAUGGAAAAGGUGAAACAGGAGCUGGAUGUGAUGAAAGCCAAGCUGUCAUCCACUCAGCUGUCACUGGCCGAGAAGGAGGGUCACCUGACCGCCCUGCGGGCCGAGCGGCGGAAGCACCUGGAGGAGGUCCUAGAGAUGAAACAAGAGGCGCUGCUGGCGGCCAUCAGCGAGAAGGACGCCAACAUUGCCCUGCUGGAGCUCUCCUCAUCCAAGAAGAAGAAAACCCAGGAAGAAGUGUCAGCACUGAAGAGGGAGAAGGACGGCCUUGUGCAGGAGCUCAAACAGCAGACUCAAAACAGGAUGAAGUUGAUGGCUGACAACUACGAGGACGAGCACCUGAAGGCUGAGUUGCCUAACAACCACAAGCCCUCACCAGAUCAGAUUCUCUCUCCUCUCUUGGAUCUGGACCAGAACCGCAGCAAGCUGAAGCUGUACAUCAGUCACCUGACCUCGCUGUGUCAGGAGCGAGACCCCGUCAUACUGCAGGACUUAGCACCGCCCCCGGCCUAUCACCGCAUAGACUCCGCCUCCUGGCACGCAGCGCUGCACAGCAUGACGCAGGAACAGUUGGAGGCGGAGUUAGUGUUGUGCGAGAGGGAGGGGGCGGAGCUUCAGGAGUACGCCAACCAGGUCCUGCAGCAGAUCGCCGACCGCUGCCCCGACAUUUUGGAGCAGGUGGUCAACGCUCUGGAGGACAGCAGCUGACAAAGUGGACGUCCAUCGGCGGAGAUGUCCACAAUCCUACAUAAUAAUAAUGAAUAAUUUGUGUGCACAGUGAGUGUUGACGUGCACGUUGUCGUCUUCGUCUCCUUCUGGACUCAGUGACUGACUCGCAGUAAUUCAUCCUUGACUUUACACUUUUACGUGUGACAACUUAAGGAAGGAAUAUUCUUGUUAUAAGUGGGGAGAAGACGUAAAAGUUACAUAUUUUUGCUUUUGCUAAUAUACUGUAUAUGCAUACAGUAUAUGAUAUGUGUGUAUAUAAAACUACAAUUUAGGACAGAUGAGAAUCAUCAAAGUGUGGAUGAAAAAAUUUAAUAAAAUAGGAAAACACUUUUCCUCACA